AUGGCACGUGCCCCGAGGGGCGGCGGAGCGGACCUGUGGCAGCGCAGGGCGCGCGCGGGCAGGGGCGGCCGUGUACAGACCUGGCGCGCCUCGCUGCUGAAAGGAGUCGCGGCCGCCGCGACGUGGCGGUCUCCCGCGGGCCCGGCCCCCACCCUCGCCCCGCUUCGGCAGCGAGGGGAGCACGAGCGGGAAGGUCACGCCCUCGCCGCCGACGGUCUGUGCCCCCGCGUUCUUCAGGGAGUUACGGACACGGCCUCUGCCUUCGGUGUCACGUGGGCGGCAGCUGCAAUGCCCACCGCGCAGGAUUUUCUGCAGUACGUGCGCACCACGGGGUGGCACGACAUCUGCGUGUUUGCCACGAGUUCCGAGGAGCUUUGCCUUUGCAGUUGCCGCACUGGGCAGUCGUGCUGGCCCACCCUGAGGCACGCUAUCGGAGUGCUCGCGUCAGGCACCUUCCUGCAGCAGCCCGCGGCGCCGCCGCAGCAGGGGCACCAGCUGCAGCCGUCGGUGGUCCAGCGCGCAGUCUCCGACGGCGCGACGCUGAUGCACGCGCCUUGGCAGGCGGAAGGAGCGCUGGGCGCCGGGCGCCCGGGCGCUGCGUCGUUGCCAGCCGCCGCGGCCGCUCACACCACGGCAGCCAGCGCCCACUCCACGCCGGCGGUGUCCUCGGGAGCAAGCCCUGCGGCUGCCGCGGCGGGCGUGCCCGCCAGCCCAGUCAACGUUGCCGCC